CCUAUUGCAUAAUAAUUUUUUAUUUUAGUUGUGUUUACUAGAAACAAACGAAUAUUCCGUUUCGCGGUGGAUUAAGCCGAAAACAACGCGCGAUACACAGAAUAUUAUAUUAUUAUCAUCGACAUCAUCAUAAUCGCAUUAUUAUUAUUAUCGUGUACAUGAAUACGAUUAAUACGAAAUCGUGUCGGCUCGUAAAUUGACAUGAGCUCGGUGGUUGGUCUUCAAUUAACACAGACACAAAUUUAAAUUAUAAAUUAUUAUAAUUAUUAUGUUAGAUACACACGCGUCAUGACGUCGCAUCACAUAAACGUCAAACGUCCGGUCCGCACGUCAACUUGCCGAGACGAAAAACGUAUUAAUAAUUAUUGUUUCGAUCGAUCGGACGUAUUGUGACCAGCUGUGGUCCAUUCGCACACUUCAGAGCGAUGGACCCGGUCACAGAAGUGGUCGACAAGAAAUCGUUGCGGAAAAAUGUUCCUCGAAGGGCCGCUACCGCCUGGCGACGGCUGGUGUCGUACAUGUUCGAGCCGGAAGACGGAGAAUGUCUGGCAGCUUUGCGCAUAGUUUUCGGUCUGCUGAUGAUGAUCGACACGAUGGACGAAAGGGGUUUCUGCCAGGCCGAUAAACGAUGGAUGGAACCAAUGAAGUGCUAUUUUCCACUGUUCGACUUCAUCAAACCACUGCCCGGCCGAUUGAUAUGUCUGGCGUAUGGGGCAAUGUUUACCGGCGUACUGGGUAUACUCAUUGGUUUCCACUACCGGAUCAGUUGUGCCAUAUACGCUAUCCCUUAUUGGUAUUUAUUUUUGGCCGACAAAAGCUUAUGGAACAAUCACUCGUAUCUUUUUGGGUUGUUGAUCAUGAUAUUCUCCACGACAAACGCUCAUCACAACUGGUCCAUGGACAGAUUGCUGGGAAAAAUUCCGUUGGACACGCCAUCCUCGGUUCCUCGUUGGAACUAUAUGCUGCUUAGAAUACAGUUUUUUAUCAUGUACUUCGUGGCCGGCUUAAAAAAGUUUGAGCCCGAUUGGCUGUUGGGUUACUCGAUGAUGUCGCUUGGCCACCAUUACGCAUUCACUCCGUUUAGGUACUUUUUCUCAGCCGAAUUCGUAGAUCAUUGGAUAGUACACGUCGGAGGAUUUCUAAUCGACUUAUUGUCGGGAUUUGGACUAUGUUUUCAGUCCGUUCGACCGUUCACUAUCGUCGUGUUGCUCGCUUUUCAUGGCAUGAACGCCACCAUGUUUACCAUAGGUAUGUUUCCGUACGUUUGCGCUGCGAUGAUACCAGUAUUUUGCGAGCCAGCAACAAUGUCUAAAAUGUUGCGGACAGCUGUCGAAUGUAUUUGGAACGACAAAUCUGGACUAAAAUCCGUCGAUUACAAACCACCGACGAGAACCAAACAAAACGCUAUUGUCGCUGGAGUGUGUGUGUACACAGCUCUACAGUUAUUUUUGCCGUACUCGCAUGUAUUAACUCAGGGUUACAACGGAUGGCGAAAUGGAUUAUAUGGAUAUUCUUGGGACAUGAUGGUAUACAAUGUCGAUGUAGCGAAGGUAGAAGUAAAAGUAUUGGACCAUGUACGUCGUGAACAAUUCUUCUUGGAUCCACACAGUUGGACGAACAACAACAAGUGGAUGUUGCACGGUGAUAUGUUGAAACAGUUCGCAGGGUGCGUGGCUGCCAAUAUGGCCGACAGGCAUGACAACAUAUCCGUUCUAAUGGACAUCUGGGGUUCACUCAACGGCCGAUUCCACCAGCGCUUAGUUGACCCAAAUGUAGACCUAUUGCACGCUCCUUGGUCACCCUGGUCACCUGUGCCCUGGCUAUUGCCUUUGAUCCGGCAUUUGGACUGGUGGCGGCCAGUGAUGGUGGACGCAAAACGUAACACGGACGAUGACCUACUAUUUUUCGCCGAUUUUCCUGGUAUGACCGUGACGAACGACGUGGAAGACCGGGAAGCGACGACCACCACGUUGGCUGUGCUCGAAGGUGCCGUGGCCGUGCGAGGAUCGAUGAUCGGUGCCGGAGACGACGACGGGACAGUGCGAUUGGUGUCCGGCGAAGCGAUGGACGUGACCGGCCGACACGUCGUGACCACCGUGAGCGCGACACCGUCGUGUUACAUGUUUGUUUCGAAGAUGAAUAGCAGUGGCGGCGGGAGUGAAGGCGUCGUCGGUGGAUGUGGCGGCGGUGGAAACAGUGGCGACGACGACGGAGGAGUAUCGACUCGGCCCGCUGCAGUCGGCCUCAAUCGUCGCGGAGGCUGUUCGAAGGCUUGUUACGCGUUCACGUUCCACGCGGUUAGAGACGCGUUUUCCGCUUUAUUUUUCCGUACAACUGUCUGACCAGCGCCAACACUACUUUUCGUGACGAACGUCUAAUCCCGUUGGACAUUUCGGUGGUUAUUCUCGUUAUUCUCGCGCUGCACGGUAAACCAACUAUCCGCAAAUAUAUUAUAAUGAUGUUUGUGCACACUCACCUAUUUACUUCAAUAAACAAAAAAAAAAGAUGUUGUA